AUGAGGCACAUGGAGCUCCACUUUGUCUCUGGCCCCCAACCCACAGGGGAUUUAGCGGCGGAACAUGGCGGAUGGAGGUUCUAUGUAUUCAACUCCAUCAAUCGCCGCUUCUGGGUUCAAGCCAUGAUGGACGAUGCUCCAAAGAAUGGUAUUCUUCCGGUGCAGACGCUUCGAAACAACAUAAUGGCAUCGACCGUUUUGGCCUUGACAGCGAUCAUGCUCUGCUUUCUCAUUGCCCUCUUGAUGACCAUCAGCACUAGGAGAGCAUUUUUCGUUUUCGGAAACCGAAGCGAGUUUGCGUAUUCGAUCAAGUUCUUCGCCAUUUUAGUGUGUUUCUUGGUGGCAUUCCUUUUCAACGUGCAGUCCAUAAGGUACUACAGCCAUGCCAGCAUGCUCAUCAACGCGUCGUUCAAGAAGAUGAUGUCGCCGCCUCACCACAAGCAGCAGUACCUCACGCAAGAGUACGUUGCCACCACCGUGAACCGAGGCAGCUAUUUCUGGUCCUUGGGACUCCGAGCAUUCUACUUCUCGUUCCUUCUGUUUCUGUGGAUUUUCGGGCCGAUUUCGAUGUUCUUGUCGUGCAUUGUUUUGGUGAUCCUGCUGUAUUUUUUGGAUUUCACCUUUCUCUCCAUCGCUGCUGCCACCACCGAGUAUUUCACCUUUCUAGUGACUGUCAGAUCUCACAUCGCUGCUGCCACACUCUUUCUCCAUCCUUUGAGUUGUUCUUUCUAUCUGAUUAGACACCCUCAUGGAAAAGGUUAA